AUUGAGACCUAGUCCCUCCACACAAUGGAAACAGCAAGCACUCCAUGUAAAGUACAUCAGUGUUCUAAGUGUCCGGGGGACACAGAGUACUAUUGUGUAUCGUGUCCAUGUGAUCUGUGUCCCCAGUGUAAAGAGAACCAUGUAAAAGAUCUCCAAACAAUAGACCAUGAUGUUGUGUCACACCGUGAUAAAAUCAACUACAUCCCAACACAAGAGAUCUGUGUGAGACAUCCUAGCAAAGUUUAUACAAAGUACUGUGAACCUUGUCAAGUUCCUACCUGUUACCACUGCAGAAAGCAUAGAAAUCACCGACAACUAGAUGUUGGAACAUCUUAUGAAACAAAGCGACAACAACACAGAGGAACCAUUAACACCAUCAGUAGUGAGGCUCUCUUUUACAGACCUGUUCUCCUGCCAGGAAUCAAAACUGAUUUCAAAACCUGUCGCACAGAAUUUUCCCUCUAUCAAUCAGAGAUGUUAACAAAAGCCCAAACACUGAAUGAUCUCAUUGACUAUAUACAAAACGAUUUCAUGUGUAAUGUGUUUUGUGACUUUAAUUUCAAACACAGAUGUUUAAAACAGAAGAAAGAAAUGAUCAUACAUAUUGUCAGCCUACAGAGAUAUGUACACAUAAAUGAACAGAGGAGAGUAAUCAGACCGCUACAAUUUCUCUCCUCCAUAAAGAAAGCCAUCCCCCAGAUACAUCCUACACUCCACACCAGCCAGCUCUCCAUGACUAAGUCACUUAACAAGGAGGAUGUGAUGGAGUCACUGAGUGCAAUCCAAAUCACAGAGAGAGGAAACCGACGCGUAGGAAACCAGUGUCUGCUGAAACUGACGUCUGGCCCUGAGUUCCAUCAAUCUUUCACAGUGACAAGUGUUUAUUGUUGUUUACACAUUUUCUGUGUGACAUCAGACCGGGUCUGGGUCAGUGAUUAUGAAAACAAUUUCAUCUUGACAGACUCAACAGGUGUCCCUCUACAUCGUGUGGAGGAUUCAUGUAGUAAUUGUAGAGGAUCACACACAGUGAACAGUGAGAGUGAACUGAUUUAUAUAGAUGAGGAUUAUAACAUCAAGGAACUGUCAAAGGAUAUGAAAACAACCACCACAUUUAUAGAGAGAACAGACUCUACAUGGGACCCAUGGUGUGUGUACUGGUCCCCGUCCACUGGGGAUUUACUGAUUGGGAUGCGUUAUAAACAUAUACAUACAGAGACAGGCAAGGUAACCAGGUACAACCAGAGUGGAGAACUGACACACACCAUACAACUUGACAACACAGGACGGAUACUGUAUAGACAACCUAACUAUAUAACAGAGAACUACAAUGGGGAUGUCGUGGUGUCUGACUAUAGUGCUGUAGUGGUGACAGAGCGUGGAGGAAGACAUCGUUUCUCCUACACAGGACAUCCAACAGGAUCAGGACUAAAGCCACUAGGAAUCUGUACUGACGCGCUGUCACACAUCCUGGUGUGUGAUGAAUGGACCAACACAGUACAGAUGUUGGAUCAGGACGGUCAGUUCCUGUCACAUCUAUUGACAGAAUCACAAGAGUUGGAUGAACCAUGGAGCCUGAGUUAUGAUGUCAACACUCACCGUCUCUGGGUUGGAUCACAGGACAACAUCAAGGUGUGUGUCUAUAGGUAUAUCACCAGACAGGACGCUCUGACAGAUCAAAGUCGUGUGAUGGAGUCACUGAGUGGAAUCCCAACCCCAGGGACAGAAAAACCACAGCAAGGGAACCAGUGUCUGCUGAAACUGGUGUCUGGUCCUGAGUUCCACCAAUCUUUCACAGUGACAGGUGUUGAUUGUUGUUUACACAUUUCCUGUGUGACAUCAGACCGGGUCUGGGUCAGUGAUGAUGAAAACAAUCUCAUCUUGACAGACACAACAGGUGUCACUCUACAUCGUGUGGAGGAUUCAUGUAGUGAGGUUUUAUCUCAUGAUGAUAUAUUUGGUAAUGGAUUACACACAGUGAACAGUGAUAGUGAACUGAUUUAUAUAGAUGAGGAUUAUAAUAUCAAGGAACUGUCAAAGGAUAUGAAAACAACCACCACAUUUAUAGAGAGAACAGACUCUACAUGGGAACCAUGGUGUGUGUACUGGUCUCCGUCCACUGAGAAUCUACUGGUCGGGAUGUGUUGUACACAUAUAGAGACAGGCAAGGUAACCCGGUACAACCAGAGUGGACAACUGACACACACCAUACAACAUGACAACACAGGACGGGGACUGUAUAGACAACCUAACUAUAUAACAGAGAACAACAAUGGGGAUGUCGUGGUGUCUGACUUUAACUUUAUCUCUAAUUCUGGUGCUGUAGUGGUGACAGAGCGUGGAGGAAGACAUCGUUUCUCCUACACAGGACCUCCAUCAGGAUCAGAACUACAGCCACUAGGAAUCUGUACUGACGCGUUGUCACACAUCCUGGCGUGUGAUGAUACAACCAACACCGUACAGAUUUUGGACAAGGACGGUCAGUUCCUGUCACAUCUACUGACAAAAUCACAAGAGAUGGGAGAUCCAUACAGCCUGAGUUAUGAUGUCAACACUCACCGCCUCUGGGUUGGAUCACAGUACAAAAACAAGGUAUGUGUCUACAGGUAUAUCACUAGACAGGACGAUCUGACAGAUGAACACAGACCCCGUCCUGAUGGGGAUGCCAUGUUCAGCUCAUCAGCUGUAGAAUGGAGAUAGCUUGGAUAUUGACAGGUUGUAAAAGUUUCUGUACAAAUCUAGUCUGCUCUCAAAACCACACUUGUUGUUUGUCCCUUUGUUCAACAUCUGCAGCUGAAAUUGACCUGUGUAUAAUUCACAUGGACUGUAAUACUGACUCCUGUUUAUUUCACACUUUAUGAUCAUCCAAACAUGGCUGUCUGUUGCUGAGUGUAGAAUUAAAGGGACUUGGACACGAUUUAACUUAACAUUUUAAAAUUUUAUU